CUUGGUUUGGACCUUUUUCUGUGGUUUUGGAGGACUGCCGGCCCACAGAGUGCGACUUCCGGAGGACUGCCGGGCACUUCCGGUCAGCUGGAGGACUGCCGGCCCAUAGAGUGCGACUUCCGGAGGACUGACGGGCACUUCCGGCAUCCCGGCCGCCCUGGAGCGCGCUACACCGCAACAUCAGACCGCCAGCUGCACCACUGCUGCCGGCCGCACCCGACCAUCACUGCCGCACCGACAGGAGCCCGAGUGCCUGCCACCCCCUUGGCCAGCAGCGAACCUGACGAAACCCAGGACGCGGCUGAGACGAAGGCGAGCAGCGGCGAGGACGGACACGUCACAGCAGGGGACAGAGGGCUCCCGGCCCUGCAUGGACCCAGGCACCCACAGCCCCGAGGCAGGAGCAAGCCGGGGAGACACCGGGGCAGGUACUGGGACGGGACAGGGCUGGGCUUAGCACUGGGCUCGGUGCUCAUCCCCGUGGGCUGGGAGCAGAGGGUGGAGGGGUCAGCACCCAAGCCCGGGACGGGGCUGCUGCUGGCUGCAUCGGCAGCCCUUCCCCAUCUCGUCCCUGCCCUCCCAAGCACCAUCUCCCCGGCAGGCAAUGACCAGGAGGAGAGCCUGGAGACGGGGGGCACAUCGCUGAGCGGAGCAGGAGGGGACACGUCCCCCAGGCACGAGACCGAGCAGGAGCGUGGCGGUGGUGCUGGGGCGGCGCAGUCGUGCCCCAAUACCUGCGAGGCGUGCGGGAAGAGCUUCAGCCUGCGCUCCAACCUGCUGACCCACCGCCGCAGCCACCUGGGCGAGCGGCCCUACGCCUGCCCCGAGUGCGGCCGCUGCUUCGGGCAGAGCUCCCACCUCCUCACCCACCAGCGGCUGCACACCGGCGAGCGGCCCUACCGCUGCCCCGACUGCAGCGAGAGCUUCCGGGACUGCCCCUCGCUCACCAUCCACCGGCGCGCCCACACCGGCGAGCGGCCCUACCCCUGCCUGGCGUGCGGCAAGGCCUUCGCUGACAGCUCGCUGCUGGCCAAGCACCAGCGCACGCACCGUGCCGAGAAGUCCUUCGCCUGCCCCGACUGCGGCAAGAGCUUUUCCACCAGUUCCUACCUGCUGCGGCACCGGCGCACCCACCUGCCCGAAAAGCCCUACCGCUGCGGGGAGUGCGGCCGGGGCUACAGCCAGUUUGCCCAUCUCACCACCCACCAGCGGGUGCACACCGGCGAGCGGCCCUACAUCUGCCCCGAGUGCCACAAGAGCUUCACCACCAGUUCGGCGCUCACCAAGCACAAGCGCGUCCACACUGGCGAGCGGCCCUACGUAUGCCCCGACUGCGGCAAGAGCUUCACCCAGAGCUCCAACGUCAUCACCCACUGGCGCCUGCAGCACGGUGCUGCUGGGCUUCGAAACGGUGUCGGCGUCAUGCAGGAGAGCUACGAGUCCUUGAUCCUGCUGGACUUCCCGAUUCCUAAGCCCAACGUCAUCUCCCGGCUGGAGCUGGAGGAAGAGCUGGGGGUGCCGGACCCAAACGACUCCAAGGAAUGGGAGAUCCUCAGGGUGGCGCCUGCAGCAGAUGACGGGACGGGGAGCGAGAACGAGGAGGAGGCUCCCGAGCCGGACGGCCCUGAGCUGGCAGAGCUGGACGUCAUCCUGUCCCGGGGCACUGAGGAGGGCGUCCCCCAGAGCCCUGUGUGGGCAGUCGGAAGCCGAGGGGGGCGGCGGGCACGGCGGGGGGAUGGACCGAAAACCUGUGGGCAGUGUGAGAAGACCUUCUCCCGGCGGUCGGAGCUGCUGAUCCACCAGCGGCUGCACACAGGGGAGAAGCCCUACAAGUGCCUGGACUGUGGGAAGAGCUUCACCCGCAGCUCAAAUCGCAAUGCCCACCAGCGAAUCCACAGCGGGGACAGGCCCUACAAGUGCCCCGACUGCGGGAAGAGCUUCGGCCAGAGCUCGGACCUGGCGAAGCACCAGCGGCUGCAUGCCGGCGAGCGGCCCUACGCCUGCACAAAGUGUGGGAAGAGCUUCAGCUGGAGCUCGGACCUCGUCGUCCACCAGCGUAUCCACACCGGCGAGCGGCCCUACAAGUGCCCCCAGUGCGGGAAGAGCUUCAACCGCAGCUCCAACCUCAACACACACCAGCGGACCCACCUGGGUGAGCGGCCCUACAAGUGCGCCGACUGCGGCAAGAGCUUCAGCUACAGCUCGGCCUUCCUCAAGCACCAGCCCACCCACACCGGGGAGAAGCCCUACCAGUGCUCCCACUGUGGGAAGAGCUUCUUCGAGAGCUCGGCCCUGAUCCGCCACCAGCGCAUCCACACCGGGGAGAAGCCCUACCAGUGCCCCCACUGCGGGAAGAGCUUCAAGCAGAGCUCGUGCCUCAUCACCCACCAGCGCACCCACACCGGGGAGAAGCCCUACAAGUGCAGUGACUGCGGCAAGAGCUUCAAGCAGGGCUCAGCUCUGAAUCGCCACCAUCGCAUCCACACCGGGGAGACCCCCUACCAGUGCCCCCACUGCGGGAAGAGCUUCAAGCAGAGCUCGUGCCUCAUCACCCACCAGUGCACCCACACCGGGGAGAAGCCCUACAAGUGCGGCGACUGCGGCAAGAGCUUCAUCGUCAGCUCAGCCCUCAUCAGGCACCAGCGGAUCCACCUGGGAUAG